CCCGUUGAUCGGAACCUUCCUCGCUACAUUUUUUGAAUUGGGGAGUCGUCGAGCUGCUCAGUCAAACAUGCAAGGGGCAAGAGAGGGACAAUAUCACAUUGUACCAAUAAGUGAGCCGUAUGUACUUGAUGAUGACUCCUCAAAUCGUGUCAAGAAUGAGUGUGUCGAUCCCGAAGAUGAAGCCAAAGAUGGCAACAGACGGAUGACAGCGUUCAAUGAGGUGUACACACGAUAUCUCUCGUACAGCGGCUGGCAGAAGGGAAUAAUUUAUUGCAUCGCCGCAGCAAUGCUCGUCAUGCUGCUCACCGUUUCAUUCCUCGUUUGGGCAUCAACACAAUCGAUGCUCGGUGCAGCCGUCGCCAUCAUUUUCGAAGGGGAUUGCGUCGAGGCCAAGGACCUAUCCACUGCUUCGCAUGUGGUCAUCAAUAUAUUGAGUACGUUGCUACUAGGUGCAAGCAACUAUUGCAUGCAUAUUGCAUGUUCGCCGUCUCGAAGGGAUAUCGAUCGCAUGCAUGCUCGAAAGAAAACGCUUCAGAUAGGUAUCAAUAGCGUGAGCAACGUUUUCAAGUUACCUUGGAACCGACGCAUUGCGUGGUGUAUUCUAGGUCUCAGUUCGAUACCGCUAUAUCUGAUCAGCAAUUCCAUAAUCUAUUCGACUACAAACGCCUAUUACUACACUGCGGCUCUUGUGACGACGGACUUUCUCAAGGGCCAAUACUGGAAUUCCGAAAUCGUCUUCCGAUACAUUGCCGGUACCGCCGACGAUCCAACCGGAUCCAAGAAAGAUCCAGGACCGGAAUGGCAUAACUGGAUGGACGAAGUGAACGAGGGGAGGAUCCAGUUGACACCUCUUGAUAACAAAGCUUGUGUGGAAGCGUAUGCCACUGCGCCCUUCACCACUUCGAGGGGUAAUUUGCUCCUACUCGCCGACGCGAGCAACCCGAAUACAACUUCGUACCGGAACAACCCGCUGCUCACCACUUACUUGGGCACGUAUGACUUCUCGGGAAAGAGACGUGGUUAUUCAAAUUCCAUGAGCUACAAUUGGCUGUGCGCCAGGCAGGAAGGGGAACUAGGUUGGGGGCGUGGACCCAGAUGCUCGGAUCUUAUUGAUAGACCAGAUAGUCUAUCAUUGCAUACAGGCGUGAUCAAAACAGUUAAUGAUACAGACGGAAGUAUAUCAUCAAAUCUGUCAACUAUCCCCAUUAAAAGCUGUCUCGGCCAGCAACUCAGUCCAAGGUGCACGGUAGAGGCGAGUCUGCUUCUCACCGGGGCUGUCAUCUUCUUCAUAAUAUGCAAGAUCGUCUGCAUGGUUUGGAUGAGUUUGCGGUUAGCAGAUGAGCCUCUGGCGGUUCUAGGAGAUGCAGUUGCCUCGUCCGUCAACCGCCCGGACCCUGCCACGGUGGGUGCUUGCCUUGCAACUCCAGAUACAUUCAAGACAAAUGGGAACUGGAUGCAGACUCGUAAAUGGUCAUCGAAGACCCAAAGGUGGGGCCGAGCAGUCUCCAUCACACAAUGGCUCAUCUGCUCUACCUUACAUCUCCUCGCGAUCGCAGUCGCUACAUUUCUCAUAACCGUGAUUGUCGACAACCUUGAAUUCGACGUAUCCAUGGGCUUUCCCACUCUGCUGCGCACAUCCCGAUUCAACACGGUCAACCCCACGUUCAUGUUUUUAAGUAUCAUCCGCGACACAGGCAACGCAGCAUCGACACUCUUCCGGGCCGUACUUCUAGCCAACACGCCGCAGCUCGUAGUGAGCCUGAUCUACAUAUCCUACAACUCCGUCUUCAGCUCCAUGCUCAUGGGUCUCGAAUGGAGCCAAUACGCGCACAUCCGCCGCCCGCUCCGCGUGAGCUACCCAAAACCCGGACAACGCUCAACAUACCGCCUGCAAAUCCCGUACCGGUACGGGGUCCCUAUGAUGAUUCUCGUAGGCAGCAUGCAUUUUUUCGUCUCGCAGAGCAUCUAUAUGGUCCGCCUGCGCAUAUACACGCCGGAGGGGAUGCAGAUUCAGGAUCAGUUCAUCACGACGUGUGGGUUCUCGGUGCUCGCGUGGCUGGUUACGACUAUCCUCGUUGCUGUGCCGCUGUUGGUUGUUGUUGUUGCGUGUGGGUUUCGCACUUAUCGGCCUGGGAUGGCGAGGGUACGAUGCAACAGUGCUGCUAUCAGCGCGGCAUGCCAUUCGAGGCCAGAAGAAGAGGAAGAUGCUGCGUUGAAACCUUUGCUGUGGGGUGAGGUUACGACAAACACACUUGUAGGGCAUUGUUGCUUUAGUACUGGCCCUGUGAUUCUACCAGUAAAAGAUCUGUUGUACGCUUAG